AUGACUACAUACUACUCGUUGUCUUCAUCAAAUCGCCCGUUCACGCCACCGCAGCCCAGCUCUUACUCGUCAACAUCGUCAGAUGCAAGCUUACAGCAGCCCAUCGCCAUCCCGGCUACUUCCGCAGCUCUGGGCUCACCUUUCCUCCGUGCCUACCCCAUCGAGCUCGAAGCAUACAACAUCCCGGCCGCGACCUUCCUCUCCUUUCUCGAUGAACUCAAUCGUCUCAUGGUCGUCAGCCCGCCCGUAAGAGUCCUCGGUCUCGCUGGCAAUAUUGUGGGCCUGGUACCUCUCGCAACCGCUCAAAUCGUUGGUGGCGCCGUGAGUGCCGCUGCAACCAUCACCAACGUGGGCAUGAGUAAGGGGCGCAGCGAGAUGUUCAUCCGUGAAGCAAACAAGAAGACAUUCGGGCCACAUGGACUAAAGAUCAACAUCGUCAAACUGGAAGUUGUUGCCAAAGCAGCCGGCAUACCUAUACUAGAUGCUGCCGGCAAGAUCAAGAGGGAUACCAAACUCCUCGCUCCACUCGACGACUCAAGUCAAGAUCUGUCUGGCCAGCAUAGACGGCUGAUGGCUCUAGCACCAUACACAAGCCCCCUGGAAGUCACACCGGAGACUCACAAAGAAACACCUACCAACAUGAUCGACAAAAUGCACGCUUACGCUUCCGAACGCCAGCGCUCAAGCGAGGAGAAGAAAAUUCUGGAGAAGCGCGAAAAAGCCGCCCGCAAAGCCUCUAAAGAUACUGACAAGGCACAACGAGACUACGAGAAGGACAUGGCUAAACUCAACGCCGAGGAAGACAAAGUACGGAGGAAGGAGGCGAAGAAGGCAGAGAAAAUGGAAAGCGAGCUACGCAAACUCGACAAGGAGAGGGCGAAAGUCCAGCGCGAAUACGAGAAGGAAAUGAGUAAGACUCAAGGCGGAAGCGUAAAGAACGACAAAGAAGAAGUCGCAGUCCGCAAGAUCCUGUGGCUUUUGAUCCAGCGCGAAGAUUCUGCAUCCGUGCAGCCACAAGACACACUACAAUACUGGAACUCGUCGGCACAGUACCAGGAGCAACUUGCAAGAUACAGAGCGCGUUCGCAGUCUCAAGGCUCAAUACACAUUCCGGCUACGGGGCAGUACCUGAAUACGGGUCCGUAUUUGGGUGGCGUGCAGUAUCAGAGGUAUCAUGCGCAGGUACAGUCGAGGGAGGGGUUGGGUGUUGAUGCGCCGCCGAGAUAUCAGGAGAGUGUGGGGUACUAG